AUGGGUACCCUAGUUAUUACCGCAAAACAUUCGUUGAAGUAUUUACUCACUGAAACCCCUGGAGCCCAGAGCAUCCCUGAGUUUGUGUGUGUUGGAUUUAUUGAUGACGUUCAGUUUGGUAGCUGGAAUAGCAGAGGAGGAGAGAAAGUCGAGAAAGACUGGAUUAAAUUCUUCGAGGAUGAGCCUCAGCUCCGGCAGGAUUAUAUUUCAACGUGUUCAACUACACAUUACUACUUCAAGGAAACUAUUAGGACUUUGAAGCAACAUUUAAAUCAAAAUGAAGGUGUUCAUGUUUUGCAAAGGGUAAGUGGCUGUGAAUGGGAUAAUGAGACUGGAGAGGUUAACGGAUACAAUCAGUAUGGUUAUGAUGGAGAAGACUUUAUAGCAUUUGACCUGCAGACAGCGACAUGGAUAACUUCAAAUCGACAGGCUGAGACCACCAAACUGAAAUGGAAUACAGAACGUGCCCGAUUAGAGUAUAAUAAGAACUUUGUGAUUUAUUUAUGCCCUGAGUUUUUAAAGAGGCAUUUGAACUAUGGGAGGAGCUUUCUGGAGGAAGAAAUUCUUCCUUCAGUGUCUCUCCUCCAGAAGACUCUCUCCUCUCCAGUCAGCUGCCACGCUACAGGUUUCUAUCCUCACAGAGCGGUGAUAUUCUGGAGGAAAGAUGGAGAAGAGCUUCAUGAAAGCGUGGAUCCUGGACAGAUCCUCCCCAACGAUGAUGGGACCUUCCAGAUGAGUGUUGAUCUGAAUGUUUCAUCAGUCACACGUGAAGACUGGAGCAGAUAUGAGUGUAUGUUUCAGCUCUCUGGUGGUGAGGAAAACAUCAUCACCAGCCUGAAAGAAACAGUGAUCAGAACCAACUGGGUUGAAAGCAACACAAAGGAGAGGUCCUCACACAUGAUGAUUAUUCCUGCUGUGGUUGUUUCUGUUGUUUUCGUCAUCAUGGGAUUUUGUGUUUGCAAAAAUAUGAGAGCUUCGGGCGACACCUCUGAACUCCUAGAGAGUCUGAAUCCAGAGACCCCGUGA